CACGCCCCCUGGAGGGCUGUAUAUAAGAGUCUGUCGACGUCGUUUGCCGCACCCGAGGACAGACAGGCGAGCAGACGAUACAUCAAACAUGGCGAUGUCAAGUGGCUUACUGGUAUUGGCGGUUCUUGCGGUAGGAGUAUUUGCACAACGUGGCACCCAACCGGAAUUCGACGAGACAAUGCCAUCCUGUCGUGGAAAAGAGGCCGAUAUCUUCUUCAUCCUGGACGCGUCCAGCUCCAUCUACAUCGAGGACUACGAACUACAACGCCAGUUUGUCCGGGAGGUGAUCAACCGACUCGACAUAUCUGCACAGAGUACACGUGUGGGCGCCCUGGCCUUCAGUGAUAACUAUCGUAUCUCCUUCAACCUUGGAGAGUUCCAGACCAAAGAGGAGCUGCGUAAUGCUGUCAACGACAGGAACGUCCCCUACCUCACAGGCCUUACCAACACCGCCGAGGCUAUCAGAACUGUCCGAACAAACAGUCAGUUCCGUGCCGACGUGACCCGGGUCAUCAUUGUGGUGACUGAUGGGUACUCACGUCAGCCCGGCGCCACCCGGAACGAGGCUGAUACGGCAAGGCGGGAGGGCUUCUACAUGUUUGUUAUCGGCGUCGGGCAAUACACGGACGAGAGAGAAUGGAGGGCCAUUGCCAACGACCCAGACAACAGCUUCAUGUACAACAUCACCAACUACAGGGGUCUCGACAGACUGUACAGUACCAUUCCCAACAGCAUCUGUAAUCUCCCGCCAAUUAUCCUCAACAGCGGAACCUGCAAUAUCCGCGAGAACGCCGACCUCAUCUUCGUCGCCGGGCCAUCAGAAGCUGACAACGCCUUCAGCAUCGUCAGCAACAUGGUGAACGCCCUCCGAGACGCCCGUGGUCAACUGCGUCUGUCCCUGCUCCUCGGCUCCUGUCGAGCUAACGAAGUUCCUCUUUCCGACCCCUCCCUCUUCUGCAACAACUUCGGUGACCCCAUCCCUCGCCAGGACUCCUACAGUAACCUGCUGAAAGAGAUGCGGGCGGAGGCUAGGGAUGCCAGGGGCGCAAGGCCUCAGGCUAACCAGGUGGCCAUAUUGUUCCUUGAUCAGCAAUCAAUGGAACUAGGUAGAUUCGACAUUCUUCGCCAAGCCAGGGACGCCCAGUUCGACGGCAUUGAUAUCUACCUUGUCGACCUUGGCGUUAGGACCAACCAGAACUUCUUGGGUAGUAUCGCAUCGAGCACAGAUAACGUCCUGUCGACCAGCGGUCCCGGGAACCUGGAGAACAUCCUCAUCAACAAAGUCUGUGACACUCUAAAUCAAGUCUCAAACCCUCUGCCAACUCUUCCCCCAUCCUAAAUUUACCAUCGCAUAAUGGACAGUGGAGCGUACACGGGAGUACAGGAUGAGUUGUCGCCCCUUGAUCAACCGACAACCAGAGGGCAUAUCUGAAAAACCGGGGCAGUUCCAUCUGGUCCACCAACUGCCCCAAAGACUCUCAAAGUUAAUACUGUGAAACAAAGAUUUCAAAAUUGUUUUUGGAAAAUGAAAAAAUAUAAUAUACUAAAAUAUGGAAUCGUGUGGUUUAGAAAGUAAAAAGUCUAUGCUUUAACUAAUACUAUUCAUACUUCUAUACGGUCAUCUCGAGGUGAACUUGCAAAAUGUGGCAUCAUGCUAUUGCUUUAUGGAAAUCAUGUUGAAUUGGAGUAUUAUUUUUGUACAAUAAAGUUUGAUGUACGAAUUUA